AUGGCGCGUCGUUUGGCGUUUGGGGUGUUCAAGGUUUUCUUUAAAGAUGCUAUUUCAGGUCUUAAUGCCCCAAAAGUCACUGUCCCCGAUGGUGUCGUGUUGUUGCACCAGCCUCCCAUUUGUGACAAAGUUCCUAUGGUUUCUAACUUUGUUGUUAAAUUAGAGACGUACCUUCGAAUGACAGAGAUACCUUACGAGAAUUCCUUUGGUCCCAAGGUUUCCUCUAAAGGAAAAGUACCUUGGAUCAAAUACAAUGGAAAGAAGAUCGCAGAUUCUAACUUCUGCAUUAGAUUUUUGAACGAGGAAUUUAAAGUGACCCUGGACGACAAGUUAAGCAAAACAGAGAGGGCUAUUUCUCACGCUAUCAAAACCAUGGUGGAAGAGAACACCUAUUGGUAAGGUUCCUUACACUAAAAACAAAAACAGGGCUGCCAACCCCCAACGUCUUCAAAUAUUGAGAAUUGAUUGGAAAGGGAUGAUAGAUGACGUCAUAAUGGACUGCACAUAACGUCAUUUGUGAAAAAAAAAAAAAAAACGCGAAAAAGAUGUUGUUCGAAUUGUAACAUUUGCUCUAACUGGUUUACUUUCCACCAAUCACAUUAUUGCUUAUAUUACAAUGGCAUAUCCGAGUUUGUGAGGAAGCGUUUGAUAUUAACAGUAAAAGAGCUCAAACAACACAAAAUAUUUGAAAUUUCAUUGUCAGAAAGUCGAAUCUACAAGACAUGGCAAACUUCGGCGAUUAUCCGGGAGAUUUCAGACUCUGAUCUGGAGACAGGGAGAAAUGGUUCAAAAUCCGGAUUCUCCCAGAUUAUCCAGGAGAGUUGACAGCCCUGCAAAAAUUAUCCUGGGACCCGUUUCUUGAAAGUCCCGGUAACUCUUUGGGCCUGAAAUCAAACGUUCAAAUCAAAAUAUAAAGAAUAGGGGCGUGGGUCCCGGCCAGCAAACUAUUCCAUUUUGUUUCAUGAACUGAUAAUUUUAUCAUGUUAGAUGCAAAAAUAUUGAAACCUCUAUUGUGCUUGUAAACAACAAGAGAAACGGGCCCCUGGUCCCAGAGGUUUUUCUUAAUUGUUCUCUGCGUGAAUCGUUUAUGUUGCUUUUUGACUCGUUCUUUCUCAAGCAGAGAAAAAUGUCAAGAGAAACCUCUUGGACCAGGGUAUUACAAAGUAACCUUAAAAUCAGUAUUGCUGUGGAAGUAGUUAACUCAUCACAGGACUCAUCCCCGGCGUAAAAACCUGACAGACUCACGACUGAUGUAAAGCAAAGGAAACACAGAAUAACAGAGUGUAAAUCAAUAGCCACAAGCCUAUGUAGAUAUCUAAACAAAAAUUCGCAAGCUUUUACUGUUACACUGCGCUAAUCCCCUUUCCUGUAGAAUGUGGGUAAGAAGAAGCCUGCAUUGUGAAUGCUCCCUUUAGGGCAAGAAAAAUGCCAAAGUUGGGGUGAGAGUCCUCAUUACUCAAGACUCUGAGCACCAUACCCUGUUCAGUGGCACAUACCUGCUUAGACCAAGUAAGGAAGAAAGAAAAUGUCCCCACCCCAGACAUAAAAGAUGGAUUACAUGUCUUAGAUAUGCAAUCUGUCGUAAAGAAAAAAUUAAAGGGACUGUGUUCAAAUUGGACUAAUAAUCCGUCAGAUUUUGUCUGUCUGUUAAUCAAUGUCUAUGAAGACAGAUCUUGAAGACGGAGUAUUUUGUUAUGGAUUAUCUGUGUCUAGUGUGAAAAUAACCAUUUCUUAAGCAUUUGAGCUUUUAAAGUACACGUGGUUCUCUCGUGAAUCACUUCCUGAGUGCUACUAAAUAACUUCAUUGCCUGAAUAUGACCUGCAGUAAGCAGUCAAAAUGUUGCAGUCUGACUCAUUUGUGAUCCCAGCAUGAGAAAUACGAAAAUUCUUCCAAUUAUUCAAGUUUAUCACUUCCAAAGUGACUGGUUACUUCUUUUUCUUUUGAAGUGUCUUUUUCACAGGAUUGUGGCACAGUAUGUAUGACCUUAUUUCCAUAAAAUUUCAAGUUUUGUACUGUGAAAACUCAUUGGCUUAAUUGUUGGUAAUUGUGUUAUGGUAAUGGUAAUGUUACAGAUGUCUUAAAAAAUGAGUGAAAUAUUAUGGAACAGAAAGCUCAGAUGUCAGCUGUACUAAGUCACUACCAGAGGCCAUUAUCAGCUCAUUUAAAAGCUAUUGUAUUUAUUUGUGGACUUAUGUAACAGGAUGGGAGAGGAUAGAAUACGUCAAACCAUGUGUGACAAACAUGACAAUAACUUUUUUUCAAUAAACUUUCUGCCAAACUUUUAAGUGAAGAUCACAACAAAACAUGCAAGUAAUAGCCCUGUCAUGGUUGUCACACACAGGCAUUUUGCUGUCCUCUUUUUCCUGCCAUCCUGUUGCGUAGACUCACCAUUAUUUGAUAAGAGAAGUGAUAGCAGAGGUAGAGGUGGACCACACCAAAGGGGAAACUUCCCCUGUUCUUUUCAAACGGUAGAGUAGUUUCUUUUACAUCCCCUUCAAAUUAACUAGUGAAAGAAGGAUGAGGGAUAAAAGGCCAGUGGCUGCACUGAAAUGCUUGAAAUGAAACCGUCCCUAUUUGUGGGCCACAACGUUAACUUUGUGAUUGAUGAUUUUAAAAUAUUUUUUGGGAUUUUGUGGUAAGGCACCUUUAAUUGAUUGAAGUGUUAAGUCAAAGUUAAAAUAUAUACAUUAGUAAGCAAAGUUAAAGACUUUCUAGUGAUAUCAUUUUAGUCCCAAUAGUGGCCAAUUAUAUCAUUUUCCUCUAACAAUCUCCAUACAUUGAUUGUCCAGAGAAGAGUUUAUGAGAAUUAAUAAAAUUAUCACCAGAGAGAGCUAAUUCUUUAAGGAGAUAUAAUACAAAUUAUGAAAAUCGCUCUGGAGAAUUUGUAUGUGGGUAUUGUAAAGGGUCAAAGUUUUAUGCUUUUGCUCCAGAAAUGGUGUCAUUCUUUAUUUCGUCCCCUCCAUAUACAAUAGUCACCUUUCUACUUUGUUUUAUUAUUGCAGGACAAUGGUGUAUUACCGUUGGGUUGAGGAUCCUCAGUGUUCAGCAAAACUUAUAUUUCCCAAGCUGUCUGAAAGAAAGCGCGCCUUGAUCCUCUCUGUGGUACAGAGGGUAGCAAAAAAUCAGUUACAUGCUCAGGGGUUGGGUCGCCAUAGUAUCGCUGAAGUGCACAGCAUCGCUAGAAAAGACCUGCAAUCAUUGUCUGAAUUUUUACACGAUAAACCGUUUAUGAUGGGUCAGGAACCUAGCCUUGUUGACGCAUCAGUGUUUGGCUUACUGGCGCAGUUUGUAUGGCAAGAUGAAUCAUCAGCCCAACAUGCCAUGGUUCACAGCGAGUUCAAGAACUUGGUUGGGUACUGUGACCGGAUGAAAGAGAGGUAUUGGAAAGAUUGGGAUCAGGCAAUUGCCGAAAGGAAGAGAUUGCAUUAUGAAUAGUGACAUAACUGCAUUGCAUAGAAGAUGAAGGAAGUCAUCUUUUAGGUGCGGUCGUAUAAUUAAAGAUAAUUAUUUCAGCUUUUGCGAGUAAACUACGGCAGUUAACGAAAAAAAGCAGACUGCAAGCUGGUAGAUAUAAAGACUUGUAGAUUGUAGGUUAAUGAGAUAGACAAUGGCCAUAUUUGUAUUACAGGGAGCUGUGUACG